CUGAACACCGUCCCCGCGCCCAUCGGAGUGGGGCGCAAGAGGGGAAGUCGCCGCACGUGCAGCAUGGCGCUAACGCCUGCCAAAGCGCCCGCCACCUGCCCCUAGCGCGAUAAGCUCGCCGCUCGAGCAAAAACCUUGACCGCUCUCCCACAAUGCUUCCAACAACUCCCUGUCCGUCUCAAUUACCAUGCCUACAGACCCUAAGGAUGCGCCUUUUCCUACCAAGCAGCUCAUUAUCAUCGGAAUAUGCCGAUUCUCCGAGCCCUUGGCCUUCAACUCCAUCCUGGCGUACUCGUACGUCAUGGUGAAGGACCUGGGCAUUCAUGAGAAGGAUGCGUCCUUCUACUCGGGGCUGCUGCUGUCCGCGUACGCGAUCGCAGAAGCAAUUACAGCCAUGGGCUGGGGCGCCAUUUCCGACGUCUACGGGAGGAAACCGGUCGCGCUCAUUGGGCUUGCGGGCGUCGCGCUCUCGAGCAUCGCAUUCGGCAUGGCGAAGACGUACUGGGUGGCCCUGCUGGCCAGGUUCAUCGGCGGCGCGCUGAAUGGCAAUGUGGCCAUCAUGCAGACCAUGGUGGCCGAGAUGGUCAAGAAUCCGGACCACGAACCUCGCGCAUACGCCACACAGCCGUUCGUAUGGACGCUCGGCGGCAUCAUUGGCUCGGCUAUGGGUGGCUUCCUUGCCCAGCCAGCUCGCUUCUAUCCCCACGCUUUUGCCAAAGACGGCCUGUUUGGGAGAUACCCGUACCUCCUUCCCAAUCUCGUGGCUGCCGGCGGAAUCUUCCUCGCCAUCAUCCAAGGAAUCCUCUUCCUUGAAGAAACGAACCCCGUUGUCCUGGAGGAGGAUGACCCAUCGCCCGUGGAGGAGGUUAACGAGCGGACGCCACUCCACCGCCCGCGGGAACACAGCUCGCUGUCACGUGCCUCCCGCACUAGGACCCUCUCCCGUGGUCGGAAUCGAUCCCUGUCCGUGGUUGACGGCCUUCGCCAGAUUCGAAAGAAGCCGUCGUUUAUGGAGGAGGGCAUGCCGACGGCAUUUGACCAGCGUUUCGAUAUCCGCCGGACCUCUUUCGGUACCAUGCAUUCCAUAAAGAUCCCGCACCACGAGAUUCUGCCUGUGACCCAACCGCAGCCGGGAGCCCGACCUCGCAAGACAUUCAACUCCGCCGUAGUCAUGGUGACGCUUGCGAUGACUCUCAUUGCUUAUCAUCAGAUGGCCUACAUCACCAACCUCCCAAUCUACUUGCUUGACGACCCUCAGUUCGAAGGGAUUGACUUCCAGGGUGGCCUUGGUCUGGACCUGCAUGACGUCGGGGCAUUCCUCGCCGUCAACGGCGUCAUCGCGCUCUUCAUUCAAGGCGCAAUCUUCCCCAUCUUUGUCGAGAGUCUCGGUGUCUGGAUCUCCUUCGCCACCAUGAUCGUCCUCUACCCGACGACAUACCUCAUCGUGCCUUUCAUCAGCGCCCUGCCCGACUACCUCAUCUCUCCCGGCAUCUACCUCUCACUCGUCUUACAAGCUUUCUAUGGCAUCAUCGUCUUCCCCUGCGCUCUCAUCCUCCUGAAGAACGCGUGUCCUUCCCCGCAUGUUCUGGGCCGCGUCAAUGGUAUGGCCAUGUCCGCCUGCUGUCUGGCACGGACUGUCUCAUCUCCUCUUGUUGGCAUGAUCUAUGCCGUUGGAGGAAGCGCCGCAGCGUGGUUCAGUCUUGCCGUCGUUUCCCUCCUUGGCAUUAUCCAGAUGUUUUGGGUGCCGAAGGAGCACGUUGAUGGUGUGGAGAUCCACAAUGGUGUGAAGGAUGUUAUCGAGGAAGUCAUACAUCCUCAUCAUCACGAACAUCAUCACCCGCAAGUGCGCGAUAUUGACGAGGAGGCUGUUUUGGACGAAGAAUAACAUCUUAGGUUAUGUUGAAAAGGGGGAGUUAAUGUGCGUCUUAUGCGGCGUGUCGGCGGUAUUGGUACAUAAAGUCUUUGGUUUGAUUUGCAUCGGCUUUCAUUGCUUCUUUUCUUUCCAUAGUCGGCUGUCUCAUCUUCAUGUCUCGCAGGAGGAUUAGCGUUCGUGCUCUUUCACAAAGUCGGUUCAUGUCAUGUCAUGUCGCGCGAUCUUUUUCCCUGCGCAUUUUCUUAACUCUUGCUAUGCAGCAUUUCAUCUUGCGUGGCUAUGAAGCGUUCACUUUCCUACUGUCGCUGUGGUGCUCUUGUCGAUCGUCGUCAUAUCGCAUUUCCUGCAUAGCCUACCUAGUUCGAAUUGCAUGUAUUCCUAACUCGAC